GUGCAGUGACGAACGUCGUCUUUUUAAAAAAAUAAAAUAAAACUACUACACUCGCUUCACUAUUUAAUUCUACCCGAAUAAGUACAGAACGUACUGAAGCCUCCAUCAGUAAUUUACUGGACUAAAACAUAAUACGUUAAAUCUUCGUGUCCGGUUGAAGCUUCUCGGCUUCGUUUAGCUUAGCUUAGCUCGCUAGCCGCCAACAAAGAGACGCGUUUGCGAUCAACACGUCGCGAAGGAGAGGUCAAGUGUGAGCGUCAAGUGUUGUGUUUGUCGUGUGAAAAUGUGUGCAAGAAGGACGGUAGAGUGCGAAGAUGAACAUUGGGGACCAAAAGAGGAGAAGGAGCCACCAUGUCAGCGACUGGACGCUUUUUGCAGGAUGCAGCCUCGAGUUGGGUUCCACAUAGCAGACGUCAAUGAAGAUCUUGGUCCUAAGCGGCAGGAGCCAGAGCCCCCUCACAUUAAAGAGGAUGCGCAGCCAGAGCCCUCUCGCAUCAAAGAAGAGGAGGAGCCAGGGCACCCUCUAAUUAAAGAGGAAGAGCAGCCAGAACCCCCCUGUUUUAAAGAGGAGGAGCCAGAGUGCACACACAUCAAAGACGAGGAGGAAGAGGAGGAUAUCACCAAGUUGCCAUCGACUUGUGUCCUUUUUCAGAGUGAAGAUGGUCAAAGUGAGAGAGGGGUGGCGCCUCUCAGCAGCAGGAGCUCAAGUCAACACAUGACAAGAGAAGGCGAUAAAGACCACUGUGGACGAUCACAAGCAGACGGCCUCAUAGCCCCACUAUCAGCUAGUGAUGACGCAAAGUCACACGCUCCUCUCACUGACGUUGAUGAACAGUCUGAAGGAGAUUUGUCAUGUCACACUAGCAACAGACACUGGAAAUGUUCUCAGUGUGGGAAAACCUUUGUGUACAAGUCUCUUUUGAAAAGGCAUCUUAUGAGCCACACUGGAGAGAAACCCUUUGCUUGCUCAUAUUGCGGUAAAAGAUUGUUGACAAAAGAUCAUUUGAAUUCACACACAAGAACACACACCGGAGAGAAACCUUUUGCCUGCUCAGUUUGUGGCCAAAGAUUCUCUCGUAAGACAAACUUAAGAAGUCACACAAAAACACACACUGGAGAGAAACCUUUUGUGUGCUCAGUUUGUGGUCAACGAUUCUCUGAGAACGCAAGCUUAAGAAGACACACAAGAACACACACUGGAGAGAAGCCUUUUUCCUGCUCAGAUUGUGGUAAAAGAUUCACUCAGAAGGGAGACUUAAAAAUACAUACAAGAACACACACUGGUGAGAAGCCUUUUCCCUGCUCAGUUUGUGGCCAAAAAUUCUCUCAUAAGACGAAUUUAAGAAGUCACACAAGAACACACGUUGGGGAGAAACCCUUUUCCUGCUCAAUUUGUGGCCAAAGAUUCUCUCAGAAGGUAACCUUAACAAAUCACACAAGAACCCACACUGGAGAGAAACCUUUUUUCUGCUCAGUUUGUGGUCAAAGGUUCACUCAGAGGGGAGACUUAAAAAUACACAUAAGAAAACACACUGGAGCGAAACCUUUUGCCUGCUCAAUUUGUGGUCAAUUAUUCUCCCAGAAGGGAAACUUAUUUAGACACUCAAGAACACAUACUGGUGAAAAAACCCUUUCCUGCUCAGUUUGUGGCAAAAGAUUCUCUCAGCAGCAACAAGUUAAGAGACACAAGUGUGUUGGUGAGAGGAGCAGUGAUCAAUGAAGGUUUCCAAGCAGGCUUCAUCAGUUAAUGUACCAAGGGUGAUUGUAUUCUAUGUGGCACUUGUGCUAAAACACUUGUAGCAUUACAUCUGCUCUCCUCAGUGUUUUUGUUAUGUGCAUAUCAAAAAAGCAAACAAUUGAUUAAAAUCGAAUCUUUGCGGAAUCUUUGACUCUUUGGGUUAAGAUUCUAAAGUGCAUACAUGAUCCUGAAGAAAAUGGACAUACAUUUUUUAAAAUAAUGUACUAUGUAACUAAAUGUCUACGUGUCUGUAUUUGCUUUUAUUUUUGCUUUGGUUAACUCUGCCGUCUGCUGCCAGGUCGGCAUUGCAAUUGAGAAUCCGUGGUGAAUGGCCUCGCCUGGUUAAAUAAAACUUAAAUGAAAAUAAAAUACAAAUUUUCAAACAGUGAUAGUAACUUGUACAUCAAGAAAGAGUUUCAAAAAUGAUGACAACACAG